UUAUGGAAAACAGCCUACGCGGCUUCUUCAGCUUCGGCCCAGCUUUUACACAUUCACCAAUUGCUGAAAUAGGGCCUCAACUCAGAAGACAAAUACCAAAUUGCCAUAGUUGAAAUUUCCUGAGGAUUCUCAUCACAAUGGCUUCACAGUUCAGAGAAACCUUUAUGCCCAAGUCAUUGUCAAAUGACCUUGAAUUAGACAAUGCAGAGUUUAUUCCAACUCAUGCUUCUGCUGUGCAGUGGGGAGAAAACAUCUCUCAUUCAUCAAGUGUUCAGUUCAACAUUUCCCCAAAUAACAAUGGCUCCUUGGCAAAGCAGGAGCUGCAAACACUCUGGGAGAUGUUUACCUCCUGGCUACAGCCAGAAAAGCAGAGCAAGGAGCAGAUGAUUUCUCAACUGGUGUUGGAGCAGUUUCUCAUCACUGGACAUUGCAAGGACAAGUUUGCCUUGACAGAGAAGUGGAAAUCCUGUGGCAGAAACAUGGGGAGAUUCAUGCAGGGUCUGACUGAUGAGUGCUUGAAGCCUCCUGCUAUGGUCCAUGUUUGUAUGCAUGGGCAGGAAGCCCUCUUUUCUGAGAACAUGCCCUUAAAAGAAGUCAUCACACAUUUGGAGCAACAGAAAGCAGCAGCAACUCCAACAGAAGAGAAUGUAAGGUCACUCUUGGCUAUCCCCAAAGAUACGGCAACAGGAUAUGAAAAUACAGAAAACUGCCAAACUCCCUGGAAUGCUAGUGUUCGAAAUGGCAGUGUUAAUAGUAUAGGAACCAUGAGGGAUUCCCUCCUCACUCUCCAGAGAGUGCAGUAUCAAGAGCCUGAAGAGGGGGAUGUUUUAUAUGAAAUCCCACAGGUUGUCAGAAGAGCAAGUCAAGGUACUUCGAGGUUUCAGGAAAGGUCCCUGAGAGCACCUUCUUCUGAAGAUGUCCUUAUGGAGGCAAAACCAGUGUUUCUCUCACUGACAGAACAGUCUGAGGACAUUGGGGAUGGCCACAACACUACUGAUGUAAACGGUGGUAUUAGUCUCACAAAUGAGGAGGAUUCCAUUUUUAUUAUCCAGAGAGAGCAGUAUUCUGAGCCUGAUAUGGAAGGUGUUUCUUAUGGAGUGCCACAGGAUUUAAGAAUUGCAGUGUGCGGUACCUCCAGGUCCCUGCAAGAGUCCCUAUGGGCAGCUUCUUCUGAAGUAGUCCCUAUGAAGGUACCAGGGUUCCUUUCCAGGGCAGAGCAGCCUACUCCUAAGCCUGUCCCCCUUUUCCAGAAUUAUGAGGUAAAUUCCACCUUUGAGGGUUACCAGGAGAGACUCCAGAGAGACCCCAAACCAUAUAAAUGUGAGGAAUGUUCCAGAACCUUCAAAUAUCCCUGCAACCUCUCCAUCCACCAGAAAACACACAGAAAGGAGAGACCGUUUUUCUGUAAGGAAUGCCAGGUAGGUUUUUAUGAGGAGUCAGAACUUCAGGUUCAUGAGGCCAUACACAAGGCAGAGAAGCCUUUCACAUGCAGUUCAUGUGGAAAGGCCUUCAGAUACAAGACCAACCUGCAGGCUCAUGAGAGAAUCCACACAGGAGAGAAGCCUUACUCCUGCUCUCUGUGUAAUAGUAGCUUCCGCCAGUCAUCCACGUACCACCGUCACCUGAGGAAGUUCCACAAAUCAGAAUGAACGGUGGACCUUACUCACCAGAGACAGGUAGGGCUUCACUCAUCCUCAGUGUCUCAUCUGCACAUGAAGUAGCAUGUAGCUUCUCAGUAAUAGUUAACCAGUGAGGAUGAUUCAUUUAAUAUUUAGAUUGUUCCUUCCAUGUGUUGUCCCAUGCCAUUGGCAUGUGAAGUUAAAAAUGAAGUUUUUGUCUGUUUACUAAAGUUUUCCAAGUACCUAAAUACUGGCUGUUAUUGGAUUUCCCAGUAGUAAAUAAAGAUCUGUUUCUCUUGUU